AUGUGUGAAAUGGGUGAGUCACCCGAAGCUAUAUGGGCAACAUAUAACAAGAAGAUUCUCGAUGAGCUCCACACCGCAUCAUCAUCUGGCACGCAGCCGCUACCUUUGCACGAUAUCAGCCUUUCGGACAUCCGCGUCUAUAUCAAGGAGGUUAACCGCGCGAGGUCUAGCAGACCACCAACUAUUGGUAGCAUGGAGAUUAUGACCCAGCUUGAUAAGCGACUGAAGCCAAGCGAACAAGAUAACAUUAAUAAGCCUCCAGCCUCCGUUCCCUUCGCGUCAGUUCCCUUGGUCGGGGAGCAUCCUACCAAUGGCCCUAGGGCGGUUACUCAAGCGGAUGUGGUUAAGGAGUGGGUUGUGCGGCCUCGUGCCUGUGUGACUGCAGUUGGUGAGUUGACAGACGAUCUUGGCGAGCCGAGGUUCGACGUGGAAGCGAUCGACGACGAUCCCAAAGUUGCGAAUGAUAAAUUAAUUGAGGCUAUAUCACAGGAGGCACUUGGCGCGCCAGUGAUACCUAGCGUCGCUAGAGAAGUACUCGAUGCCAUGGAGCGAGUCGAUGAUCCAUGUUGUGGUACUGACAAUGAUGUUAUUGGACAUAAGGAGGACCAAGUUGGCAGGAGUACAACGAACAUUAUAUGUCCUCACUGCAAGCUACCGAAAGUAAGAGGCUUCAACCAACAUACUGAUGACGGCUCACGCUAUGGUGCAUGCCCAAUGAAACCGAAAGAUGCGUCUUUAAAAAAAGAGCUCCAAGAGAUGGCCAGCGAGAGAUUGAAAGAUCUGGUGGUGGUCGGUGUUCGGUCGGAGAAGAAGCAACGGUGUGGAUAUUGCAAUCUUCUGACCGAAAGUAUUUUACAAGAUCCUAAAGAAAGCACCACGCUUCCUCUGCACGAAAAGUUCCAGGAUGAUGAGAUUGGCGGUAAAUUAAUUUGGUAUUGUCCGGUGGCACCGACGCAUUCACCAGAAAAGUACCGGGAGCUGAAGCAGGCAAAGGAUAUGCGGGAACGAGAACGGCAGUUACGCAAGAAUGCGUGGAAACGGAAGCAAUAUCAGAAUCAACGGCAGGCACGGAAUGAUGAGAGGAAUGAGAGGAUAGCUAAGGUAACUCCACACGUGAAGCAUGACAAAGACUUCUUCUCUAGGUUUAAACGGACCUUCUAA